GUUGUCCGCCUGUGUAGUGUGUGUACACUGUACACUGCCCGAUUGUCUUUUUAAAAAUUUUUAACAGUGAAUUGUGUACAAGAUCUAUACUAUAUCAUUUUGUAAAUACUCUGUAGUCACUAGUCAGUAGAUAUUUCAGAAUUUGGACACGGUCGUCAAGAACAUAAAUUAUUUAUAUAAGAGAAGUUUGUUCGUUCGUUCAUUUAUAAUGUUUUACCACGACUAUUACAACGUUGAUCCUUUCAAACCGGUAAACGUGGAAUUCAACAUGUUCACGUUAGAGGAAGUGAAGAAAUUAUCAGUGGCUCGUAUAGAUUCACUUAUUUCAUUCACUCCGCUUGGUGAACCAGUUCAGGGUGGGUUAUACGAUAUCCGGCUUGGACCAUCCUUUAUGGGUGGAGGUAAAUGUAUGACAUGUAAUCAAAAUAACCAGUCUUGUCCAGGCCAUUUUGGACACAUCGAUUUACCUUGCCCUGUAGUGAACCCACUUUAUUCCACUGUGGUCAUUCACAUAUUAAAAUUAUGUUGUUUGUCGUGCUACAAAGUCCUAUUACCUCGUCAGAAUACAUUGUUAUUAGCGGCUCAAUUAAAACUUGUGGACAAUGGUCAACUAGUGGACGCCUAUAAUUUACAAAACGAGAUCAAUGGCUUAAAUGACGAGGAUGAUGAACGACACCUAUCAACUGAUGAGAUUGAAGGAGUUAUUGAUUUGUACUUAAAAAGAUAUAUACAAGAGGAUGAAAUUGCAUACAUGAAGAAUGCUGAUGAAAUACGACAAACUUUUAUAGCUGAAACUCUUCAUCAAGUCACAAGACGUAAAGGUUGUUUAUAUUGUAAAGCACCGCUUUCAACAGUUUCUAAAUCAUUUUCAAAAAUUACUAUUUCCCAUGGGACCAAAUCAAAAAAAGUUAAAGGAUAUUUGUUUCCACAGGAAAUUAAAAAUCUCUUAAGGCAAAUAUGGAUAAAUGAAAAACAUUUUAUAGCUGCACUGUUGCCGGUUUUGGCUAGAAUCGACAGUGAAUACCCGACAGAUGCAUGUUUUAUGACAGAAAUUCUUGUCACACCUUCUAAUUUAAGACCAAACCUUAUGGUUAGAGGGAAAAUAGUGGAAAGUCCUAGAAAUGCAACUUAUAAAUCAAUUAUAAGAGAAGCUAAAUUAAUACAGUAUAUACAUUUAUUACAAGAUUACGCUGAGGGUCAAGAAAUUCCAGAAGAUAUUAUUGAGCUGGUUAGAGACAGCCAGGGACAGGACAAUGUAGAAAAAGUACAAAUAGGUAUGCACAAUUUACAAAUGUGUGUUGACGCCCUUCUUGAUGGAACGGCAAUAAAAUCACUAAGUUCGAAGGAAUCGUCAGUUCGAAUUGGCUUGAAACAAUUACUAGAAAAAAAAUCUGGCAUAAUUCGACAAAAUAUGAUGGGCAAACGUGUUGAUUAUUUUGCGCGGUCUGUUAUUACACCAGAUCCUUGCUUAGAUAUUGACCAAAUUGGUAUUCCAGUAGAAUUUGCUAAAAAAUUGACUUAUCCUAUAGCUGUGACUGACUGGAAUAUUAAAGGACUGCAUGGUAUUGUUUUAAAUGGUCCAAAUCACUAUCCAGGUGCUAACUUAAUUGAAAGUGACGUGGGAACCGUUAAAUGGUUGUCUGCAUCAAACAAGUCACGUCGUGAAGCUCUGUCUAAAACACUUUUUUGCCAAGGCCCGAAUUCCAGAGGUCCUCAAAUUGUUCAUCGUCAUGUCGUUGAUGGAGACAUGAUGCUUGUCAACCGACAACCUUCUUUGCAUAAGCCAAGUAUAAUGGCCCACAGAGUGAAAGUUCUAAAAGGAGAAAAAACAUUACGUUUACAUUACGCUAAUUGCAAAGCUUAUAAUGCAGAUUUUGAUGGUGAUGAGAUGAAUGUGCAUUUGCCCCAAAGUGAGUUGGCCAAAUGCGAAGCACAAGAACUCGCUAGCGUGGUUAAUCAGUAUUUAGUACCGCGCGACGGAACUCCACUGAGUGGCCUUAUUCAAGAUCAUAUUAUAUCAAGUGUACGAAUGACGAUUAGAGGUCGUUUUUUUACUCGCAGAGAGUACAUGUACUUUGUUUAUCAAGCUCUAAGCUCGUUGGAUCAGGAUAUCAAAACUCUUCCACCAGCUAUCCUUAAACCUGUAAUGUUGUGGUCUGGAAAACAAAUAAUAUCCACAUUGAUUAUCAACCUGACUCCUGUUAAUCGUAAGACAUCAAUUAAUUUGUUUUCCAAAACUAAACUGGAACAAAAGUUUUGGAAAAACCCAAACAACUUUGAAUACCCCAAUUUACUUUCCGAAUUUAAUGUAAUUAUACGUGAUGGUAAUUUAGUAUCUGGAAUUCUUGAUAAAAAUCAUAUCGGAGCAUCUACCUACAGUUUAAUUCAUUGUUUUUAUGAAUUGUAUGGGGGGAAAUAUUCUUCAAAAUUACUAAGCGCAUUCAGCAAAUUAUUUACCGUUUAUUUACAAUUUGAUGCAUUUACUCUUGGCGUGGAGGAUAUUUUAGUGACUGAUAAAGCUAAUUAUCAACGAGAAAUGGCCAUUAACGAGUCAAAAAAUGCUGGAAUAUUAGCUGCAUUAGAAUCUCUUGGUAUCGAAUCCUUACCUGAAGACGUUCUAAUGAAGAAGUUGGGUGAAUCGUAUAGUAAAAUUGCUCAUUUUUCAUCAUUGGUCGAUAGAAAUUAUAAAAAACAUCUACAGCCAUAUACCAAUAAAAUUACCAAGUCAUGCGUCCCGAAAGGUCUGCUUCAACCAUUUCCUGAAAACAAUUUGCAACUCAUGGUACAAUCAGGAGCCAAAGGAUCUACUGUAAAUACUAUACAGAUAUCUUGUUGUUUAGGUCAAAUUGAGUUAGAAGGAAAACGACCACCACUCAUGAUAUCUGGUCGCUCACUACCAAGUUUUCCACCGUUUGAUACAUUACCCAAAGCUGGAGGAUUUAUCGGAAGUCGUUUUAUGACUGGAAUUCAGCCUCAAGAAUUUUUUUUUCAUUGUAUGGCAGGUCGUGAAGGUCUUAUAGAUACAGCUGUAAAAACCAGCAGAAGUGGUUACUUACAGCGUUGUUUAGUCAAACACUUGGAGAGUCUUAUUGUAAACUACGAUAUGACUGUCAGGGAUAGUAAUGGAAGUGUUAUUCAAUAUUUGUAUGGUGAAGAUGGUUUAGAAGUUACAAAAAGUAGUUUUUUUAACAAAAAACAAUUUGGAUUUUUGGUUGAUAAUAUAGACUCUUUUAGAGCGUUGAAACAAAUUAGAAAUGACGAGUACUAUAAAGAAAUAGAUGAUAGAUUAGAAGAAAUCAAAUCUGCUAUAUUAAAAAAAAAUAACGAGAAGAAAUCCAUCAGGGAGAGUGGAUUUCUGAGUUGGUGUAAAGAAAAUUCUAUAAUGAAGUGUGAGAAAAAUGAUAAGAUAAAAAAUGGUCGUUAUAAAAGAGAUACAAAAUUAUGUAAGAAAUGGAAUGAAUUAGAUGAUGGUGUAAAAAAAAAUUACGCUAUUAGUACUGGAAAGAUACCAGAUCCAGUUAGUGCUACUUUUCAUCUGGGAGGCCAUUAUGGCUUGAUUUCAGAAAAAAUGGACUUAUCGAUUGAUGAUUAUUUUAAUGAAAAUGAAAAUGAUCAAAGUAAAAAAUUGAAAAGAAAUGCUAAAGAGUCUAUCCGAAUUAAAGCGAUGGCAGCCACAGCAGCAGCAGGCGAACCAGUCGGAUGCAUUGCUGCUCAAUCUGUUGGUGAACCGUCUACCCAAAUGACAUUAAACACGUUUCAUUUUGCUGGUCGUGGUGAAAUGAAUGUAACGUUAGGUAUACCAAGACUGCGUGAGAUCCUUAUGAUGGCUACAAAAACCAUUAAAACUCCUUCAAUGGAGAUACCGUUUAUACCAUCCGAAAAUAUUGAAGAAAAAUCAGAGGCAUUAAGAAAACUCAUGUCUAAAAUAACUUUGAAGGAUGUUCUUUCUAAAAUACAAGUACAAGAGAAAGUGAAAUUAAGACCAAUCAGACAUACAUGCUACGACUUAAUAUUGCAUAUAUUACCGCACCGAUGCUACGAAUCAACUACUCAUGUUACUCCUAAAACAGUAAUGAAGUUUAUCAAGCAUCAAUUUCCAAUAAGCCUACAUAAAAUGUUUGACAAAUACUUGUCCAAUAAUUUUAGCGGAGAGUUAAUUUCAGAAGAAGCUAAAAGAGUACUAAAAAUGAACAGGGAACAUUUUGAUGAAGACAACGCGUUGGAUGAUGUUGAACUUCAAGAAAGUAAAUCCAAAACAAUCAACAACGAUGAUUCAGACAGUGAAUCAGAAGCAGGAGAAUUUGAUUCUACAGCUAUGAAAAGAAAAGCACAGACGGAAGAAUAUGAUUAUGAAAAGGAUGAGGACGAUCCACCGAGUGAUGGAGAAAUUAAAGCUAAUGACAGUCAUAGUGAAUUUGAAACUUCAAUCAAGAUAGAAAACCAUUUUGUGGAUGAUGAAAAUAACGUUUUGGCUAAAGAAAAAAAUGUUCAAGAAUUGAAAUUGGUUAAAAAUGACUUUUCUGGUGUUACAAUUGACGUUUAUAAAACUGAUAGAGAAAAUCUGUUAUGGGCUAAAGUCAGAGUGACCGUGCCCUUAGAAUUUAAAAGACUCGACUUAACCUCGUUGCUCAAAGACUUAGUAGAACGUGUAGUAAUACAUGAAAUACCAGGUAUUAAUCGAGCGAUUUUAACUGAGGUAAACAGCAGGACUGUGUUGAAAACUGAAGGAUCUCGAGGAGUAGCUGAACUAUUUAGAUUUCAAGAUUUAGAUCUAAAUGCGUUAUAUUGUAAUGAUAUUCAAAUGAUGUUAAACACGUAUGGUGUUGAAGCUGCUAAUAGAGUAAUUAUUAAUGAAGUUAAAAACGUGUUCAAGGUGUAUGGAAUUAAUGUAGAUACUCGUCAUCUGUCUCUUAUAGCCGAUUACAUGACUUAUGAUGGCACGUACAAACCAUUAAAUCGACUUGGUAUGAAUGGUUGUCCAUCACCACUACAACAAAUGUCAUUUGAAUCUACUUUAAAUUAUUUAAAAAAAGCUACAGCUCGAGGUCUAAAAGAUAAUUUGGUAUCUCCUUCAAGUUCCCUGAUUGUUGGUCAACAAGCUAAAAUUGGAAGUGGACUUGUCAAACUAUUAUGGCAAUAAAGUUUUUCUGUCAAACGGUUAAAAUUAAUGUAUUCAUUGUUAUUUUUAUAAAAGUUG